GAUGCUAAAGAAGCUGGGGGAUUUCAAGACUGCAGGUGACCCAUUUACGCAAGGGGGGUUGUCCUCCUUGUUAAACAAAGUUUAUCAAAGGCAAAGUUCUAUGCUAAAGAAUUUGCAAGCUAUGAAGAUUAGGCUUGAUAAGAAGUCGAACAAAAUAAAGGCUUGGAGGAUGGUAUACAAUGUAUUUUUUGGGGUCACUUCUGCCUCUGUGCUGAUAUGUUCUGUUGUGGCGACCGCGCUUACUUCACCACUGGUUGUGACGGCGUUGGCGGCUGUGGCUGCGGCUGGGUCGAAUUUGGCGUCAAUGGGUGGAUGGAUUAAUUCCCUUUGGAAGAAGUAUGAGAAUGAGGUGGAAGGACAGAGCAAGAUGAAAACGAGUUCAGUAGUUUAUGGGACUUCCAUUGGGAAAUGUGAGUUGGACAGCAUUCGAGUACUUGUGGAUGAAUUGGAAAUUAAGGUUAAGUCACUGUUACAUACACGUGAAUUUUAUUGUGAAAAAGAGAAAAAUUUGACGCCGAUUAUAGAUGAGAUCCAGGGGAAGCUGCGUGUGUUUAAGAACUCCAUUGAGGAUUUGAGAAAACAUAUUGAUAAAUGUCGCGGUGAUAUAGAGAUGGGGAAGAACAAGAUCAUGGUGAUUAUCAGAAAUUACAAGAAGUGAACCUAGGUAUGUAUUACUUGGUCCAUUUACUAAAUAUUUAUCUUUUACUGAGAUUAAUUUAUAGGAUGAGUUUUAUUGUGAGCUAGGCUAUGCAGAUUCUAAAUUUCCCCUUUAUAUGAAAAUAUCAUUAUUUGCUAGCUUUAGUAGACUGAUUUCGCAUGCUUCAUUUAAUCGAACUAUUGCUGAGUGUUACACUAAAUUUGGAAGUUGUUAACUUUGUUAGUUGGUUGAUUCAAGAAUGAUUAAUUGGUAAACCAUAUAUGCACUUUACUAUAAUAUUCUUGGGCAACCUUUUCUGGAGGGAAAAAGGUAAUUAAGUAAACUAUAUAUGUGUAUAUAUAUAUAUUUACAUUUUUUUUUUUUCUUUGGAAGUUGAAAUGGUAUAUGUUUUAUAGAACUAAAAAAUUAAGAGUUAUAAUCCUGAUCAGGUUGUAGA